GCGAUUGACCGCAGAGGACGUGUGACUCUUGUUGCCGAAAUAAAUUAUAUCAAAAUGAAUACUAACAUUUUGGAUUUAACUUGUGAUAUUCUUAAACUCAUUUGUGAGCAUUUGAAAGUGUUCGAUGAUAAGAAAAACUUUGCCAGAGCGCAUCCGAAACUAUGGGACGCAUUUGUUGAGCACAGUCGUAAAGAAGUUCAAAGUGAAAUUAACUUUGAAAGCGAUAAUGAUCAUGAAUAUGCCGAGAAUUGGGAUUUUUUCCUGGAAUGGUGGGGUUCAAAUCUCACGACAAUCGACAAUAGGGGCGAAUGUGUUGAUUCGUCAGAGUUGAUCGAGAUUGCUGCUAAAUUCUGCCCCAAUUUGGAGCACAUUGUUUUCGAGGUCAACAACAACAAUAUUAAGAAACUUGAAGAAAGUUUGCCAAAACUAAAAAUGCUCGAAUAUAUUGAAAUGCAGUAUUUUGGGGAGCAUACAGAUAAUAACCUGAUUAAAUCAUUGCAAUCUCUAACAAAACUACAAUCUCUAAACUUAAAAUGGUGGUCCUUAAAUGAAAAUGAAAGAAACCAAUUAAAUGAGUUGACUCAAUUGGAGGAAUUGAAAAUUGAAUGUCUUGAUACGGAUAAAGUUUUAUUGGAUAUAUCCAAAAUACUUGGACAUUUACGUGUAUUACGAGUUGGAAGAACUCAAACCAAAACGCUAAAUUAUUUGGCUAAACAUUGUACAAAACUGGAGAAAUUGAUCAUAUCAGACUUGAUAUCGACAAAUAAUAUAUUCAUUUUUCCAUAUUUUCCGAAACUUACGCACCUUGACAUAUAUAUAUGUAGGGAAGCCCACCUACAUAGAUUUAUCUCCCACUUGGGAAAUCGGUAUAGUAACCAGAUCCAAACUCUUGGCAUUCGGGAUUUAACACUGAGCGAAAAUGAAAUGACGCAUAUUUCGAAACUUUUAGCUUUAAAGCAACUCUACGCUAAGAAAGUUCUACCAAGCGCUUUUGAUAUUCUUCUGAGAAUGCCAUUGGAGAAGAUAUGGAUAACGUCCUUAACUCAAAUGGACAUUUUCGGACUGAUGAUAAAAUGUCCAUCACUAAAGGAAUUAACUUUUAAUUGUGAAGACAUUAAUAAGGAUUUUAUACCAAUGGUCUUGUUUAUAUUGAAGAAGAAGGACUUUCAACCAGAUCGGCCGUUUAAGAUCACUAUGGCAAAUCGAGUGGAAAUCAAUGACCGUUUAAGAAAUCAGAUGGCAUCCAGACCGCAUUCAAAUCUACUGGACUUAACACUAUACGGUUUUUUAGGCUUUUAACAAGUAUGUAAGAAAUAAUUUGUAAAAAACAAACUAAAUAUGCACUUAAGCAUAUAAAUUACAUAGUACAGUACAAUCUCGAAAAUUGAUGCAACACAAAAACUCAGGUAUUAAAUUUAAUGUAAAACGUUAUGUAAUAAAAUAUAUAUACACAUAAUGAUA